AGGAAAACUGGUACCAAACCAAAAUAGACGCCUUACAUUCAAACAUUUCAUUCCCGAAUCGUAAAUUUCAUUUUCGUCUCUCUUAAAAACUCUCUCCAACCCAAUCUCUCUCUGGUCUCUCUCUCUCUCAACAAUGGCAGGGGGUCUAUACGCCCCAAUCAGACCCCAACCCUCCCCCCAAUCCACCUCCUUCACUUCAAAGCUCCUCCUCCUCCUCACUCUCCUCCCCCUCUCUCUCGCCGCCUUCGCCUUUCUCCUCCAGUGGCGCGGUGGCGCUGUCAACGAUCCCAUCACUCGCUGGUCCCCCGAUCAAUCUCACUUGUUCCCCGGCAUGGACGUCACUUCUCCGCUUCCCACUCUUUCUCACUCCUCUUCGUCUGAUUGCUCGUUGCUCGCUCGUGGCAGUGGUGGUGGUGGUAGUAGUAGUGGUGUGUUUCCGUAUUAUCGCGAUUGGAAGUUCGAUUUCUCGGCUGAUCUUAAACCUAAGAUAUGUAUUACGACCACUACAUCUGCUGGGUUGGAGCAGAUUCUACCCUGGAUGUUUUACCAUAAAGUUAUUGGAGUUGCUACAUUUUUCCUUUUUGUUGAAGGGAAGGCCGCAUCUCCAGAAGUAUCCAAAGUUUUAGAAUCAAUUCCUGGGGUAAAAGUAAUAUAUAGAACCAAGGAGCUAGAAGAGCAACAAGCUAAUAGUCGAAUCUGGAACGAGACAUGGUUAUCAAGUUUCUUCUACAAGCCAUGCAACUACGAGCUUUUUGUUAAACAAUCUUUGAAUAUGGAGAUGGCUAUUGUCAUGGCAAGGAAUUUUGGCAUGGAUUGGAUAGUUCAUCUUGACACCGAUGAAUUGUUACACCCAGCUGGAGCUCGGGAAUAUUCUUUGAGGCAAUUGCUUCUGGAUGUACCAGGGGACGUUGAUAUGGUUGUCUUUCCAAACUAUGAAAGCAGCGUUGAACGUGAUGACAUUAAGGAUCCUUUUACAGAGAUAUCCAUGUUCAAGAAGAACUAUGAUCAUCUUCCAAAAGAUACAUACUUUGGUUUGUAUAAAGAGUCAACACGUGGGAAUCCAAAUUACUUUUUAACUUAUGGUAAUGGAAAAUCAGUCGCUCGGAUUCAGGAUCAUCUACGACCCAAUGGUGCGCACAGAUGGCACAACUACAUGAAAACCCCAAAAGAGAUCAAGUUAGAAGAGGCUGCUGUUCUACAUUACACAUAUGCAAAAUUUUCAGAUUUGACUUCUAGACGAGAUAGAUGUGGUUGUAAGCCUACAAAGGAGGACGUCAAAAGAUGCUUCAUGUUGGAGUUCGACCGAGCUGCAUUUAUUAUUGCUUCAACUGCAACAGAGGAGGAAAUGUUAAGCUGGUAUCGAGAACAUGUAGUAUGGACCGACAAGACCGUAAAUCUCAAACUAAUGAGAAAGGGAAUUCUAACCCGCAUUUAUGCACCCAUGGUCAUUGUUCAAGGUUUACGGGAGUCUGGUGUUUUCAGCUCUGUUAUUGCAUCUGCCCCGGCUACUCUCUCAAAAGACAAAUUUUUGGCAUCUGUUGAGAGUAGUAACUCAUCUAGAGGUGCUGCUAUGGAGUCGGUGGCAAGAAAAAGUGGCAAAAGCAAAGAAUCUCAUGCAACUGCAAGGAAGGCUUUAGAGGCUGUAGAUAAUGCAAUUCAUGAAGCUGCAGUGCCCCCAUUGUCUCCCCCAGGCUUUGAUGGCGAAUCACAGUUCUAAGCAUAAUGGUUUCCAUCCACAGUUGCUGCUGCUACUUCCUCCUUAACAUUGUAGAGAUUGAAAUUCUCGAUAUUACUCUGGGAAGGACUUGGAAAGAACACGUAGGCAGAUUGUUGUUUGGAGGUCAUUUUGCUUCAGUUAUGUCGGAUCCCGAUCAUUACCCAAGCGCUGAUGUAUAUCGAGAUAGAUAUGUGAAGAGAUUUAGAAAUAGAAAGGAUUCCGUCAUUUUUUCUAUAUGGAGGGAUGUGGGCAAGGGGGGAGGGAGAUGGACCAGGGUAUACAGGUUGUAGCACAUAUGCUGCCGGGUCAAAUUGGAAAGGGGGAGAUUGCAACCAUAUACCAUUUUGUAUAGUAUAGCCCCCCCCACCCCUCCUUUUCUUGCUAAUCUGUUAUAUCUUUGAUUUGCUUAAUUUACGAUAUAGUUUCAUUCA